AUGAAAGCACCAACUCCAGGCGUCCCCUUAAAAGUAUAUCUGGCCUCUUCCAAUGCAGUCGUGGGAGCAUUAUUAGCACAAGAUGGUGAAGCUGGAGGAGAAUUUCCUAUUUACAAUGUGAGCAAGCUUUUGAGAGGAGAUGAAACACGCUACCCCAAGGCAGAAAGGCUUUGUUUAGCACUUGUCUAUGCAGCACAAAGAUAUUUGCUGACAAGACCAGUGCUGUCAGGGCGGCUAGCAAGAUGGUUGCUCCAGUUGUCUGAGUUCGACAUUAUAUGUACAACACCAAGGGCUAUUAAGGGAAAAGUCGUGAUUGACAUGAUCACUCUCUUCCCAGAAGAAGAAGGAUUUGAUGUUUCUUAUGACAUACUCGGAGAGUUACCUGGAAUGGCAGCAGUGGUUGAAGAAGAAGAACCCUGGACCCUUCACUUCGAUGGGUCAGCCAUGACUAAUAGAGGAGGAGCUGGAGUUGUACUCUUAGACCCUAUGGGGCAUGCCAUACCUCUUUCAUUCAAGCUAAACUUCUCAUGCACCAAUAACGUGGCAGAGUAUGAAGCUUUUAUUGUUGGGCUCACAACUGCACAUGAAUUAAGCGUCAAGAAAAUCAAAGUGAAUGGGGAUUCAAACCUAGUCAUUAGUCAACUAAAGGGGGAUUUUGCAGUGAAAUAA